AGGUUCCGACCCGCGGUUGCAGAACCUCAGAAUUUCGAUCUCACUGCAUUAACUUUGAUCGGUUUCCUCUGCUUCCGGUGGCACAUACUGACGUCACAUCUUUGUCGAGGACCAACAUCGCCGAUGCGACGCCUCGGUCGCUGACUGGACCCGCCCCCCCACCUCGCCGCCGGGUUUCCCUCUCGAAACCACGCCGGCUACAAUGAAGCUGAAACCGAAUCAGACUCGAACGUACGACGUGGACGGGUUCAAGCAGCGAGCGGCGUGUUUGUGCGUCCGGAACGACCAAGAGGAAGAGGUGUUACUGGUGAGCAGCAGCCGACACCCUGACCAGUGGAUAGUCCCAGGCGGAGGGAUGGAGCCUGAAGAGGAGCCAUGUAGUGCUGCCAUCCGUGAAGUAUUUGAGGAGGCGGGUGUGAAGGGAAACCUGGGGAGACUUGUGGGCAUCUUCGAGAAAAAUCAAGAUCCUAAACAUCGAACGUAUGUCUAUGUGUUGACCGUGACAGAGACGCUGGAAGCUUGGGAGGACUCGCUCAAUAUCGGCCGGAAACGCCAGUGGUUCCGAGUGGAUGAAGCCAUAACAGUCCUGCAGAAGAACAAACCAGUUCAUGCCGAGUACCUGCGCCACCUCACCUGCUCCCCCACCAACGGGAACUCAAUCCUUACUACACCUGCCAAUGAUAACCAUGCGAUCUACAGCGCUGCGGCAGCAGCGGACAGCUUGCUGCGUCCACCUCGCAGAUAGGACUAGAACCUGUGAAUUUCCUGGUGUCGGGAUUGUUGACGCUCACUCAACCCAGACUGACCGUGUAGGGGAUCUUUUCUCGUGGACAACUAUGACGUCCCAGACGGCCAGGGAACCAGUGCAGCCACAGAUGUUUUCUGACCAACAACAAGCGAAUGUGACGACCGGAAUGUUUAUUGAUGAGCGAUGCUUUUAUGAUAAAAGGACACGAGACGAUGUUUACAAGUUUUGUGCCAAAACUAUUUUUUACUAACACGAUGGUGGUUAUUUAUCUUUGAAAGGCUUGUGUGUAAAUACUGCUAUUUUAUUGUUGUCAAUAAAACAAAUG